AUGGCAAUUGUGGACAGAUGCCCCAAGCCAUCUGAGCCUCUUUGGACUGGUGAGCCCCCUGGGGAAGGAGCUGAUUUCAUCUGCUCGGAGAUAUCGAGGGAAAUCUUUGUCACCAUUGUGCUGGCAUUCAGUUGUUCUCCUUCAUCAGUGGAGAAGUACAAACUUAGGGAUGCUGCAGGGCUUCAUGAAUAUUCAAGUAAUCUAGUGUUAUGCAAAGGAAGACGCUGGAAAGAGAGGUGUACUUUCCGAUUUCCUAGCACAGUCAUAAAGAUCCAGUUCACAUCUUUAUACCAUAAAGAGGAAGUGAAGGAGCAAGCUUCAUCCCCUCCACUCCGGCCACUUUACCCUCAGAUAUCGCCUCUGAAGAUCCACAUUCCGGAGCCGGAUCUCCGGAGUUUGGUCAGCCCCCUGCCGUCCCCUACUGGCACUAUCAGUGUUCCCAACUCCUGUCCGGCCAGUCCCCGUGGUGCUGGGUCCUCAGGCUAUCGCUUCAUUCAGAACAUUACCUCGGACCUGCAGUUGGCAGCAGAAUACGCCGCAAAAGCAGCAUCGGAACAGCAGGCAGAUGCAUCUGGCGGGGACAGCCCAAAGGAUGAGUCCAAACCACCAUAUUCAUAUGCUCAGCUAAUUGUGCAGGCCAUAUCCUCAGCCCAGGACAGGCAAUUAACACUAAGUGGCAUCUAUGCCCAUAUCACCAAGCAUUACCCAUAUUACAGGACUGCUGAUAAAGGCUGGCAGAAUUCCAUUCGGCACAACCUCUCUUUGAACCGUUACUUUAUUAAAGUUCCACGCUCCCAGGAGGAGCCUGGAAAAGGCUCUUUUUGGCGAAUCGACCCAGCCUCUGAAGCCAAGCUGGUGGAGCAGGCAUUCCGGAAACGAAGGCAAAGGGGUGUGUCCUGCUUUCGGACACCUUUUGGACCCCUCUCCUCCAGGAGUGCCCCAGCCUCCCCAACUCAUCCUGGCCUGCUGUCCCCUCACUCUAGUGGCCUACAGACUCCAGAGUGCCUGUCCCGGGAGGGCUCACCCAUUGCACAUGACCAUGACUUUGGGUCAAAGUUAGCCUCUGUUCCAGAGUAUCGGUAUUCACAAAGCGCGCCUGGCUCACCUGUCAGUGCCCAGCCGGUGAUCAUGGCUGUUCCUCCCCGGCCAUCCACUCUAGUGGCAAAGCCGGUAGCCUAUAUGCCAGCCUCAAUAGUGACUUCGCAGCAGCCCUCUGGUCAUGCAAUUCAUGUAGUUCAACAAGCGCCCACUGUUACGAUGGUCAGGGUGGUGGCCUCCUCUGCCAACUCCGCUAACGGAUACAUACUGACAAACCAGGGCACGGCAGGCGGCACUCACGAAGCAGCCAGUGCAGUGUUGGACUUAGCUGGUGAUCAUCGAGGCCUGGAUGAGAAGCCGACGAUUGCAUUUGCCACGAUACCCACUGCCAGUCGAGUCAUUCAGACUGUUGCCAGUCAAAUGGCUCAGGGUGUCCCAGGACAAACAGUCACCAUCCUUCAGCAGGCAACUCCAGUAACUCUUGGACAGCACCAAUUACCUGUGCGGGCAGUGACGCAAAAUGGGAAGCAUGCUGUUGCCACCAACAGCAUCACUGGCAGCGCUUACGCUCUCGCAAGCCCGCUGCAGCUCCUUGCAGCCCAGGCCAGCUCGUCCACUCCUGUAGUAGUCAGCCGGGUGUGUGAGGCAGGGACCGAAGACUUAGGAGCAUCAUCGGGAGAGCCUGAUGUCAAAAGACCCCGGAUAGAAGAGGCCGGCGGAGCAGUCUCCACUCAACCUGGGGUUAUCACGUCUACAGCCCCACAAGGACAGGCAACCAACGAAUGAGGAACCGGUGGGCAGAGCUGGAAUGUCAUGAGGGUGGGUGGCAUAAGCCUCGAAAGCAGCUUUCGAAGAAGAAAACAAUCUGCAACCGCAAUAGUCUGAAUAAAGAGCUCGUUUUAAGAUUAGAUUUUAAACGGCAGGUCAGCCAUCUUUUAGACCCUCGAGGUGCCAAAAAAGAACGAGAAAAACCUUCCCAACUACCUGUACCCGGAACUUGGUUCUGCCUUUAAUUAUGGGAUUUUUUUCCUCUUUUUAGAUUAAAAAAAAAAAAAAAA